AAUAGAGGAAGUGUACUUUGCUCAGCAGGGAGGGGCUUGUGCUUUCCUUAGAAAGUGUGGACUUAUUAAUUCCGACAGCUCGAAGGCCACGUUCAUUUUAACUUUAUAGCAAUUACAAAUACAAUGUGAGUACAACAACGAAAAACGGCCCUGAAUAACAUCGAACAAAACUGAAAGCUGGGGAAAAAAGGCGGUUCACAUCAAAGCGGAACUAGAAAAGGCGCUCGCUCGGCACCCCUGCUAUCAAAAGGCUCAUUUUCGACACGUUACACAACAGUCUAGUCCACCAUCAACCAUGUCCAUGGCACUAAAACAAGUCUUCAACAAGGACAGGACAUUCCGGCCCAAGCGCAAGUUCGAGCCUGGGACGCAGCGCUUCGAGCUGCACAAGAAAGCGCAGGCGUCCCUAAACGCAGGUCUGGACCUGAAGCAGGCGGUUCAGCUGCCGCACGGUGAAGACCUCAAUGAUUGGGUGGCUGUUCACGUGGUGGACUUCUUUAACCGCAUCAACCUCAUCUACGGCACUAUCAGCGACUCCUGCACAGACCAGACCUGCCCCGUUAUGUCUGGUGGGCCGAAGUACGAGUACCGCUGGCAGGACGAGCAGAAGUACAAGAAGCCCACCGCACUCCCGGCUCCUAAAUACAUGAGUCUGCUAAUGGAAUGGAUUGAGGUUCAGAUCAACAAUGAACACAUCUUCCCCACUAAUGUCGGUACGCCCUUCCCUAAGACCUUCAUGCAGGUAGCAAAGAAGAUCUUGUCUCGUUUGUUCCGUGUUUUUGUCCAUGUCUACAUCCACCACUUUGACCGUGUGAGCCACAUGGGAGCGGAGGCCCAUGUCAACACCUGUUACAAACAUUUCUAUUACUUUGUUACUGAAUUCAACCUCAUAGACCACAAAGAGCUGGAACCUCUGAAAGAGAUGACAUCACGGAUGUGCCACUGAAACCCCGAGCAGACCCUUUACAUUCCAGACAGAUCUGAACCAUGCAACUGUACAAUUUAAAAGCGGAUUAAACAUCAACCAAACUCCUAAAGACUUUAUUUUUAUAUGCUUUUAAAGUACUGUAAUAUUCUGUUUCGAGAGAGAGGCCUGUACAUCUCUCUGUAUUCUCAUGUGUAGGCUUAUGGAGAGUAUUUUUUUUUUAGAAACCAGUGUUAUCUGACUUUUUUUUUUUUUUGUCUUUCCUAAAUUUGUUCUGAAUCAUUCCUGAUAAUCUUUAGCAUACAGAGUAUAUUUGACUAUUUAUGUAUGUGGUUGAGAUAUUAAACCCACUUCAUCUUGUCUAUGUCAUUGGUUCUGUUAAUUUGUCAUGUUUUUGUCAUUAAUUCUGACUAAAACAUGGCGAAAUGGUAUGAUUUUAAUGUCUAACUACUGUAAGCGUUUAAAAUAUAAUUCAGUACAACAUG